AUGGAGGUGAGCAAUGGUUAUUCGACGCUAGACGAAAGCAGAGAUGAGAUACGCCUUAUCACACUUUCCCUGCUGCCGGAUGAGUUCGAUCUCGUUCAUUGCACGGUGGAAACGGUGUCGUUAGCAGACCUCACUCCGGAUUACCGAACUUUCAUCUGUUCCUCAGAUAAUUCGGGCGUAGGUGCGCGGAAAACAAUACGCAAAUGGUGUAAGUCAAAAAGUAUUGCUCAGCAAUCAUCUACCUCCGCAAAGGACGACGAGUACCAGUAUACUCCUUCCACUACUAGCAACAGAUUUACUUGGGGAGAUUUUGCAGCCUUAUCAUAUGUAUGGGGUGAUGAGAACGUUACUGGUACGAUUGUCGUGAACGGACAGGAACGAGAGGUCACUGCCAACCUUGAGGAAGCCUUACGGGCUUUCUGUUCGAGAGAUGAGUUUACUGGUGGUUUCAAGUUAUGGGUAGAUGCUAUAUGCAUCAACCAAAUUGACCUCGUCGAACGAGGGCGUCAAGUGAGGAGGAUGCGAGAGAUCUAUGGGACGGCAUGGACGGUGGUCGCUUGGCUUGGAGAGGAGUGCGACCAAAGCCAUAAAGCUAUCCAGCUGGUCCAAGAUUUGGCUGGUUUUAGCAACAAUAAAAGUAGGAACCAGCUGGAGAAGUGGUUACAAGAGGAUCCAAGUUUUCUCGGUAACGGAAGCUGGCUGGCGCUUCAGGAGUUCAUGGAUCGGAUGUACUGGUAUCGUCUCUGGAUUCUUCAAGAACUGAUUAUGGGCUCAUCUGCCGUGUUGAUUCGAUGUGGUUCUUCCUCGAUUGAGUGGAAGACAUUCUGUGCUGGCAUUUCUCUCUUGGAAGAGGACUUGUGGCUAGUCAAAGACGGCCUUCUUAGGCGAGAUGUUGAUGCCCAAGGACUGACGAAAAAUACGGCAUGGUCAACAGCAAGCCUUCAUCUGGUAUACCAAGACCUAUCAGUUCUAAGCCAACUGGAAGAAACUACAGGAGACCACCAGUGCAUCAGCUUUGGAAGGAUCCUGGACAUCGCCAAUUGGGCCGAGUGCAUGGAUCCCCGAGACAAAGUAUACGGACUCGUUGGUUUGAUGAAACCUGACAUUGCACAACAUUUGGUCCCUGACUACACUAUUCAUCCCAUGAGUGUUUACGCAAAUGCCACCAAACUUUUUAUACAAUCUUCCGGUAGCCUAGAACCAAUUCGGGAGGGCAAUCCAUGGGGUCCUACUCGAACGCCUUCUUGGAUUGCAGAUUGGCAAUGGGAGGGUCGAGCGCGCAUGUCGAGGACAGAAAAUCAGCUCUGGGGCCCAUCUUGGCUCUCUUCAAAGUCUAACCCCUCGAUAAAUGUACCCUAUCAUGCAAGCGGAGCCAGCAGGUACGAAGUUACAUUUUCAGGAGAUGGCCUCCUGUUGAGCUGCAAAGGCUUCAUUAUCGACAGUGUUUUGGGGCUUUCAGCACGAGGCCAGGGCUACUUUGCCUGGUCCAAGGCUUCGAUAAACCAAAUAGGCCAAUGGAAGAGUAUCUAUGGAGAUAAAACUGCAACCUCUGAGGCCUUGUAUCGAACUCUCGUUGCAGACAGAGUUUCAGGUGGGAACAAAGCGAAUGUCAAACACUCUGUCGUUUUCCACCUUCCCGCGACAUUUUCUAAAGCUGGCCCACAGUUUAAGAAACGGGGAUGGACCUGGCUAUCAGCACAAGAGAAUUACUAUUUCAGAUGGCAAAAGUGGCGCGCCGCAAAUCGAGAUUUCCUACUUGGCGAUCACAAGCUCGGUAGCUUUUUUGAUGACAAGGUUCCGGAAGGAGCAUCCGAGUUUGAUUUCACAGAAGUCUACUCUUGUUUUGACCGAACUUGUCAGAAACGACGACUGAUGACUACUAAGAAUGGAUAUUUAGGGUGGGUACCUGAUAAUAUCUACGGUGGAGACGAGGAUCAGACUCGGAGUGGUGAUCUUGUUGCAAUCAUUCUCGGCUGCAGUACUCCAAUGGUUAUACGUCCAGCGGGAAAGUAUUUUCUUGUUGUUGGGGAAGCCUACGUGCAAGGGAUCAUGGAUGGAGAAGUAAUGAAAGCAUUGGAGACUAGCAAUGCCAAAAGACAGUUUACCCCCGGGGAUAGCUGGCGGGUCUUGGAGUGCCAGGAGAAAGUUUACCAUUUCCUUGUGAAAUGCUGUGAGCUUAUUCUGCAUGACUUACUAGAGUCCGGCUCCUUAUACGAUGAUCAAUUUCCCAUCGUCCAGGCGGAUGCUGCUGUUUCCACCACCACGGAAAUACUAACUAGUUUGGCUUCCAUAUCGGCUGAAGCUCCAUAUCGUCUACCAGCAAAUCUCAAUGCUGAAGAGGCCGUCGCCGAAGCAUCAGGUGCACAACCCGACCCCCAGCCAACCUUCAAAGUCGACAAAUCCUCCCUGAAUGUAUUCAACACCAUGUUCUUCACUACUGGGAAAAUAGGAGGACCGGGAGAGAUACCUUGGAUCGAUUUUCUACGCGCCAUGGCGAAUACUGGUUUUACUAUCCAAAAGCUCUACGGUUCUAUCUGGCAGUUUACCCCUACGAAGUUGGCUGUUGAGCGCAGUAUCCAAUUCCAUGAGCCACAUCCGGCGGUCAAGAUUAGGUUUACACAUGCGCGUCGUAUGGGUCGCCGUCUGACGCGAGCUCAUGAUUGGCAUGGUGGGAUGUUUGAUGUGGUAGUGGGUAGGGGGUCGAAGUGA